CACCAUUAGCGGCGGGCAAGUGCGACUCAGAAACGCAGUGUGGCCAAUGUGAGGGUUGUUGCCUGGGAAACCCCGAACCGCAUGCCCCGAAUCUCGAGAGCCUUCCCUCCGCCCGUCCGACCUCCCUCGUUCUCGACCACAAUAAUGAAAUUGCCACCGCCGUAGAGCCACCACCUCUCACGGCCCUUCUCUGCCGCUUCUCCGUGUAUAAAUAAGAAGAAUCUUCAAAAGAAACCAAGUUGGGAAAUAAAGGGGACACAUGACCUGAACCAUCCUCCUCCCCCCCCGCCAAAAAAAGAGAAAAACCAAAAAAACCAAAAAAAAAAAAAAAAACGAAAGGAAUCCCAACUCCUUCUCUUUCUCUCUCUCUCGCUUCGUCUCUCUGCUAGUCACCUGUUCUUUUCCAUUGUCUUUCCUUUCGUUGUAUUUCUUUUCUAUUUCAGAUCGCCCUUUCUCCCUUUUAUUGUAUUUCGUUUCAUCGCUCUUUCUGGGUCUCCGAUUCCAAUUGUGCGGUUUUGAUCAAAUGUUUCCUUCGUAUUCUACAAUCCUCAACCCCUUUUAUUGUAUGUCCGUCUCCCCGUAGUUUCUCUUUGUUCCUCAUUUGGGUUCCUUUUUUUUUUGUGGAAGCCAAGGUAUAGCAUGAGAAACAAGUAGUGAAUCGUCGUUUUUGGGAUGUGGGGGUCGGCAUGAUUAAGAAGGAGAGAGCUCAUUUUCUCUCCCUUCUCAUGGCACUGAAUCACCAUAACCGCUCUUUCCUCUUCACCGAUUCUUUGAGCGCCGAUGCUUCGAAUGUCACCCCGCGAACGUAUCAUGUUCGUUUGGAUGCAGCAGUGAGUUGCAAGCGAUCUUCCAGAGUGAAAAUCCAUGGUUGGUGGGUUUCCAAAUGGUUGGCGGACGGUGUCCGGUGCGGCAGAGCUGGGGGUGUUCCCUGCUUGGGCAGGAUUUGGCGGCCAGAGGGAAGACGCCACUGUGCUUUGAGUUCUUGUUGUUCAUUGGAUUCUCUUGGCAACGGUGCUUGUGAUUUCGGCGUUUCUUGGAGCUCAGUUUCCGCGGAUCCGGAUUUUAGGUUAGCACGAUUACAAGGUGCUUCUCUCAAAGUUGGGAACCCGGGGAGCGCGAAACUGGUGAAUAGGAAUGAAACUUACGAACACGGAGGCCGUCCCAGAUUUUUAGAGAGGCCGGUUGCAGAGAAGAUAGUUGUCGCGGUUGAUUUAGACGAAGUUUUAGGUAGUUUCCUUUCAGCUUUGAACAUUUUUCUUGCCGAUCGAUACGCUUUGAGUCAUUCAGUUUCCGAGUAUCAUGUCUACGAGUUUGCAAAGAUAUGGAACUGUUCGCCUAACGAAGCUAGUAUUCGGGUUCAUGAGUUCUUUAAGACUUCAUAUUUCAAAGCUGGGAUUCAUCCUAUUCCUGGUGCUCAACAAGCACUUGUUAACUUGUCAAAAGUUUGCAAGUUUGCAGUUGUAACGUCCCGCCAGAAUGUGAUCAAGGAACAUACACUUGCAUGGAUAGAAAGGCACUACCCUGGCUUGUUUCAGGAAGUUCACUUUGGCAACCAUUUUGCUCUGGAUGGAAAGGCAAGGCCAAAAUCAGAAAUCUGCAGGUCUCUGGGUGCAGAUGUUUUGAUUGAUGACAAUCCACGGUACGCCCUUGAGUGUGCUGAACAGGGAAUCAAGGUGUUGCUGUUUGACUAUCUGAACGCCUACCCAUGGUGCAAAAAUGGCUCUGCCACAUUGCAUCCUCUGGUGACAAAGGUUUACAACUGGGAGGAGGUCCAGGGGCAGUUGUUGUCAUGGCAGCUAGAUUAAUCUAUGCAGGGGCUCUGUUCUUUAUCCUUCCAGUAAGAUUGGGCAAGUGCCUCCAUGCUCUGAAAAUGCAACCAUCACCGUAAGAAACAGGGAAGCGUAGAAAAGGUACGUGACUAAUCAGAACAUGGAAGAAACUUGCAGGCAAGAGCGAUCGAAUGGCGCUUGUAGGUUAUGUAAAUGGUGCAAGUAUCAUGGACUCAGUGCUAAAGCUGCAUAGGCCGGGCUAACAAGGUGGCAUUUCAUUUGCAUGCCGUCCCGGAACCUGGUUUCCGUUAUUGCCUAUUUGCUGUACCAAGUGGGCAUAGACGUCGAAUGUUUCCAAUGGAUUCAAUUAAUGAAUGAAUUGACAAUUGUGACAAAAAUAACGUAAAUAAUGAUAACAUUAUAUGUUAUUGUUA